AAAAUAUUGUUUAUUGUCAGGGAGAAAUAAAAUCAAUUGGGUUGAAUGAAACUUUCGUUGUAAAAAGUCAGGUCAACGGGAGACACUCGGUCUUCAGUACGAUACCAGAAGCCGGUUUGAAGUGAACAUUCAACAGAAGUUCAUUAAGUUUGGGCCAGGAUAGUUAGUUUCAAACGUUGAAUUAUAUCUAUUACUCUAUGAAAUUAAUAUUUAAUCCUGCAAACAUAAGACUUUUUAUUAUCUUACCUUCGUUUAUUUUUGAAAUAAUUGGUGUUCUGUAGGAUAAUGUCGGAUCCAAGGAUUAGAACACUGAAAAUUAAAACAGGUGUUGUCAAAAGAUUGACCAAAGAAAAGCUUAUUUACGAAAAAGAGGCAGAACAGCAGCGUGAUAGAGUAAAUAAAUUCAAACAAGAAGGUCGAGAUGAAGCUGAUAUCAGGAAACAGGAAGAGGUAUUAGCAGAAGCUUUCUCAAUGAUUCCUGAUUGCCAGCGAAGGUUAUCAAAAGCAUAUCUAGAGCUUCAGAGUAUUUUAGAAUCUGAAGAAGAUUUAAAAGAGACUGAAGAAUAUAUAUUGGCCUCACAAAUCCUUGGAGAAGCUACAUCUGAACUACCCUCUUAUACACUAACCUAAUAUAAAACAUUCACCAACUUUUUAUAAGCAUAAUUUUUAUUUUUAUAUUACACAUUAUAUGUUUUGCUUUUAACUUUCAUAAAAUUAAUAUUUUUUAACUGCUACUAUGGCUUUUUGGCAUAACUUUAACUUAGCUUCGCAGCAAAUGGUUACUGAUAACAACAAUCACAUAACAUAUUCCGCAUUGCUCCCACCUCUUCCACCUAGGCUGCCUGUAAUGAACGUACCUCCUAUUAAUGUUCCACCGCCACCUCUUCCUCCUCCAUUAAAUAUGGGUUUCCAUUGCCAACCUUUUUCUAUUCCUCCGCCAAUUAACACCAGUGUGCCUCCCCCUAAUAUUUUGUACCCUCCAGUUCCUGGAGUUUUAGUUGGAAUCAGUGAUAGUAGUGAAGAGAAUUUAAUUGAAGAUGAUUUUGAAAGAUUAAAGGAUAAACUGAACAGAACUUAUGGCCAAGUUUCUUUACCGAGUAAAGGACUUUCCAAGUUGAUGAUUUCUACUUUGAAACAAAAUCUGAUUAGAUGGUUUCAUCUUUUGAGGAAACUUGAAGGUCAAACUAACUGUCUCCAAAUCACUUUCAAAUCUUUACCAGAAGAAGAAUGGAUUCGUAGGUGUAAGGAAAUAGAAAAUAUCAAAGUAGAAUUAUCUGCGAUAAUGACAUCUUUAGAUAAUCCAGAAAGUUUAAAAGAAAUGCUCAAAAUAGUUAAUCUACGGAGAAAGAAAUUGAAGUAUAAGAAGAAGAGAAGAAAAGAAUGGCAAGAGCAGAAAAAAGAAGCAAAAUUGAAUGCAGAACGUGAGCACAGAAGAAUAGAUCUGUGGCUUGAAAAAAUGAAAUGGGAGGUUUCAAAAGUUAAGAGGGAAGAGGAUAUAAAACGAGAAGCAGAUAUGGUUCUCUCCGAUGUUACAUUGAAGAAAGCUGAAGCUAAACGGAUGUUGAACUUACUUAAUGGAUUAGCUAAAUUACGAGCGGCCCGUAUUAAUAAUUCACAAGAACAAUCAAUGAAGAAAACUGGAAGUGAUGUCUUCAAUAAAAUUAUAGAGCGCCUGAAAAAGAUGUGGCUUGAGCAAAUAAAGGGUUAUAAUAUGGAAGAACAAGGGCUAAAAGUAAUGCUUGAACAUGCUGAAGAAGAGAGGAUGUCAGUAGAGGUAGCUGAAUUUAGAAGAAACUUAAAAUCUUGGAGUAGAUGUAUUUUUGGCUCUUCAAAUGCUGGUCUUCCUCAAUCUCUGGAGGAAUUUAUUCAGAUAAGGCAUGAUUGGGAUAAAUUUAUAAGAACUGAAGAUACUCUGAUGGCAUCCAGUAUUCCAAUUGGUUGGGUAUUCCCUUCAGAACCUUCUUCUGAGGAAUGGAACAAACUUCUAAUAUAAAAUUUGUUAAGCCUAUUGUAACUCUGUUAAUUUGUUAUUUGUAAUUAAUGGGAAAUAAUAUUAUACUUUUAACUGAUUUUAUGUUUUUAUUUUGUUCUAUUUUAAGACACAUUUAUAUGAAUAAGAAUAUCGAUCUAGUUGUUGAUUGUGAGCCUCCAGAAGAUCAUAGUAGUACAUCUCCCUAUUUUAUUGGAUAAUUACCUUACUUUAAAACCUGUUUAGUAUGUAUACAAAAUCAACAGAUCAAUGAUAGAUAAUAGUGCCAUUAAAAAAGCACAGCAAAACAAACAUAUUGUAUAAUAUUUUUCUUCCUUUCCAUGUUUUAAAAUCAACCAGCAAUCUAGAUUUUUUCUCUCGCAUAUUCCGAUAAGUUCAUAUCAGCUAUAUUAACCUCUUAGCGAGGUUGAGUGGGAAGGCAGGAGCGGCCUUAAGAAUGGCAUUAGCUGACAAUUCUCCAUGCCCUUGUGGUGGUAUACUUCUCAUCAUCUCUACUCACCAUUUGAGCCUUUUUAUUUAGGACAUCGUUCCAAACUUAUUUUUUGGAGUGUGAGAAGGUAGGGAAUUCCAGAAAGAAACGUUCAAAGGAUUUAGUUCUGUGGAAAUUAGUAUAGAGACCUGAAAUAUCCUGUUUUCUAAGAGUGAGUCAAGGAUUUGAAUUCUAGAAGACUGUAGAUGUAGGAAGGGUGCCGGAAGUUGAUAGUUUGAUAUAUGAAUGUUCCAAGGAGAUUGUUGAUGAGAAGAGGAAAGAGCCAAUUUAACCUGCCAUAGAGGUGAAAAGACACAAGACCUCUUCAUUGUACCGAAUAUUCAUCUUUUAUGUGCCCUCGAGUACAAUUAAGAGGACACUAUAAACCACAAAGCCAUAGUAAAAGUGGAGAAAAGUGAGUGAGGAUACAAGGAGCUUGCGUGUAGAUUGUGGAAGAAGAUAAUAGGAGCAAUGGGAUGACUUCAGUGAACCUAUUGAUUGUCGGGAAAUAUUGGCAAUAUGAGUUACUCAGGACAAGUUUGAGGAAUGGAACAAACUUCUAA